AUGCCCCGAACGUUUGAAAACUGGGAAAGGGGUAUCAAAAUAGGUUUAGUCACCAUAUCUAACCUCCGCUACGCAGAUGACACCACCCUCUUCACCUCAUCAGAAGUAGAAAUGGCUCUUGCCAUUAACAAAUCGAAGACCAAGCUGAUGGUAAUAGACCGUUUCGCGUCAGUAGAGCGAACCAACCUUCUGCAGGAGUACGAAACGGUGGACCAGUUUCAGUAUCGUGGCUCUGUGAUUACUGGUGGUGGCAGCUGCGAAACUGAAAUAAGUAGACGGAUCGGCUUAGCGAAGACAGCGAUGAUGGAGCAUCAAAACCGCUGA